GGUUGUUGUACAUUGAACAUCAUAACUUCUCCGUUUCUCUACUCCGAUUGCGAGUAUGGAAAAGUUCUUCUGUGGUUUUAUGAAAUUUGUUUACGGCAGUUCGAAACAGGACUGACCAUCUUACAGACGAGUGAGAAAUGGCGCUACUAUGUAAUGGUGUCUGAAGGCGGUUUAUCAUCUGGUGGCGGAUCUAGUCUAGAAUCAUCUGACGACUCCGAUAUUCCGGAUUCUCGUUUGGAUAAUCUUGUUGACGAUAUAAUUGGUAAACUCUCACUAUAUACAACCUGCAAACAGUCUGGGAUGACCAUAAAAAAUCGAAAAGAUAGACUUAAGUCUGAAAGAGACCCGCCAGGGACUUCUACGAAUAGUCGACAUAGUUUCGGCUAUAAGCCGUAUCCUUAUAGCGAAGAACGUAAAGAUAUUCUCUCUCAUCGUAAUAGACACCGCUGUUCUCACCACGAACCCAACAUUAAUCAAGAUAUUGAAGCUCCCCACUCACCCUUGACCUACCCAUUCCCUAUUGAUGCAUCCAUUUUCCCUUCUCAUGGGGCCUUCACCCAUCCCCAACGUUUAGUAUCUCAGCAGCAUGAGUCCCUUAACGCUGGCGAAUGCAGACCACAUGUACGAGAAAAUAAGUCGAACCAGGUAAUACCUCAACCCAAUGUGGUAGAUGACGCCUCUGGCAACAACAGUGAGGAUGAAUAUUAUUUCGGGAAGCAAGGCCGAAGGGGUUCACCCACCCAGCCUGCAGAUGAUUGUCUUGAACGGUUGCUAGCAGAAAAGAAAGGGUGGAAGUUAAUCAAGGUGGGAUCUGAUGGUGCUUGUUUGUUUCGUAGUGUUUGUAGGUUAUUAUUCUUUAAUUUAGAUUUUACAGCUCAUCAAAUAUUCGGUGAUGAAGAGAAGCACGAUCUAGUUCGUUCGCAGGUUAUAGAUUACAUGGUGAAAAACAAGGAGCACUUUUCACAGUAUUUGACAGAGGACUUCGAUCAUUAUAUAUCACGCAAGAGAGAUGCUUCUUGUUACGGAAAUCAUGUGGAGAUCCAGGCUAUCGCAGAACUAUACAACAGACCUGUCGAAAUAUACCAUGGUUCGGUGGAACCCAUCAAUGUUUUUCAUGCUGACUAUUCUAAAGAGUUUCCUAUCAGACUAAGCUACCAUGGACGUGUCCACUAUAAUUCCAUAGUAGAUCCCUUCAACCCUUCAUUUGGCCACGGUCUAGGGAUGCCUAACUACCAACCCAGUUUGGCUGAACCAGACCUUAUUGCUCGUGCAAUCAGAGAGUCUGAAAGUACCCACCUUGAAGAGGCUAUGCUACGUGAUAAAUUAGCGGAAACAGAACAGGAUGCAAUUAAUCGGUGUAUUGAAGACCAAGCUGUCAGGGAAUCUUAUUUCGAUUAUUUCAAUCAGAUCUCAGUACCGAAGGUAAGGGAUUCAGCUAACUCUCUUUCCACACCCGGCCAUCUGGACCUACAUGGUGAUCAGCGGGAAGUAACAUUAACCUCCGGAUUCCCUACAGGUUUGGCAAGAAGUUUCGACGUGGCAUCUUCAUCAAAAGCCGCAGUUCCCGAUUCAAAACAGUACAGAAAUCCAGCAAAUGAACCGCUACCUAGUUCAUCUCAUUCUCAAACUGAUUUGGGUUCGCGUCAUAUCCCGCCCAAUAUGCUAGGAAUGGAGGAAGAUGAUUUGGUUGCUAUGGUUAUGGAACAGUCCAGACGUGAAUACCUUGAAAGUAUGCGUAAUAAACAAAAACCUCAUUUUACUGCCAGUCGCUCUUCACCAGAAUCAACUCCUUCAAACUUCAAUGAGUGUGAAUCUUUUCAGAAAAUUGACGAAGAAUCGCCUUCCGAAAUGUCGAAUAACAAACCAGACAGAAUCCAUGAUAACCCUGCUAAUUUAAAUGACAGUUACUAGAUAGUUUUUCUCAAAAGUACAUUGAACGGUUGAUUCAGCAGCUAGGUGUUCCUUCCAGUUUUCAGUGAAUUCAAUGCCAUUAUUAUUUGUGAUGUAUAGACGACUGUCUUUCUCUUGUUCACUUGAUCUUGACUUUAGCGAAUAGACUGCUCAAGCACCCAAUACACUGUACUUCCACUGCUGACUUAGGUUUAUUUGUACUAAAAAUCUGUCCCAAAAGUUGCUUCCUCAGCAUCACUGUACCUUGUAAUUAUAAACUUUCGUUUACGUUAAAACACUUGUGUUGAUUUUUGAUCUUCAUUCUUUCCAAAGCUUACUGCGAUAAAAUUGUUCAUUAUGCACCUUGAGGUUCUGCCAGAAUUUGUGGUGCAUCAUUAUACCAUAUUUUUGUCAGUUUGGUGAAGCUGGAUAUCUACAUCCCUAUUUAUUUAGCCAUCUAUUAGAUUGAAAACGCUAAUGUAAUAUUUUAGAAGGUGCCUCACUUUAUUUUUCGAAUAAUUUUGUGUUAAUAAGUUCUUAAGUUGCUCCUUUGCUUGUCAUCGAUAUAUUUCUGCUAUUCACAAACUGUAUAUAAUUUAAUUGAUGCAACUGAAACACUUUGUUCAGUUGGUAAUUUACUUUGUGUUAUUUUAUCUUAAUUUUUGGUUGUUCCAGUUCUACCAAGUCCUGAUUAACUGUCGAGUAGUUUUUGAAUAGAGUUUAUUUAUGUAAAUAACAGUUAGUGUUACAUAGCUAUAAAGAAGUGGGAAUAGUGACAAGGUUUCAUUGAUGCAAUAAGGUAUCAAAAUAUGGACUGUUUCGUCCCAUUAAGUUUUAUAAACGGCAGUUUGUGUUUCAUAAGUCUUCACUACAUUCUUACAGAAUGAACUAAUAGUAUGAAAUUUAUAGUUUGUGUAAAUAUGAACAUUCAUAUGUAAAACUUAGCACUAUAAUUAUGCGAACUAACCAAUUAAUGUCGAAUCAUAAUUAAUCGCUAAAAGCUUAGGAAUCUCUCUCCCUGAGUCCCAACAUUAUUUCAUAACUGCUAUUCCUUGAAUUCAUUCCUUCCGCUUUGUAUUCCCCGAAUGUUUAGUCUUUUUAACUAUAUCUGAAGCUUUUGUUAUUUGUUUUCUU